AUGGCUCCCGCUCUCGACGUCUACGACUCCUCGUCCCAAGAGAACCGCGCGGUCGGGGCUCUCGGCAAGACCGUGUCCGGCAAGAAACUCAAGAUCCGGUCGUACCCUCAGUUCAGCUCGCUGGAGGAAGAGCGACUGUAUCGGAAGCAACAUCUGGCUGCGGCGUUCCGGGUCUUUGCGGACAGGGGGUUCGACGAGGGCGUCGCAGGCCAUAUCAGCGUGCGGGAUCCAAUCCUGCGGGAUCAUUUUUGGCUGAACCCGUUGUCGACGCACUUCUCCCAAAUCUGCGUGUCCGAUCUGAUCCUGGUCAACGAGGACGGCGACGUGGUGCUGGGCGAUGAACCCAUCAACGCGGCAGCAUUCGCGAUCCACUCGGAAAUCCACAAGGCGCGACCAGACGUCGACGCGGCAUGCCACGCGCACAGCGUCUACGGCAAGGCGUUUUCCGUCUUCGGGCGUGAACUCGACAUGAUGACGCAGGACGCGCUGCGCUUCUACAAGUCUCACGCCGUCUAUGACAAUUUCGGCGGCGUCGUUCUGGAUCGCGAGGAGGGCAAGCGCAUCGCCAAGGCCCUGGGGAACGGCAAGGCCGUCAUCCUGCAGAACCACGGGCUGCUGACGUGCGCGAAGACGGUCGACGCCGCGGCGUUUUGGUUCCUCAGCCUCGACAAGACGUGCCAUGCGCAGUUGCUGGUGGACGCGGCGAGCGCCGGGUCCGGUCACAAGAAGAUCCUCAUCUCGGACGAAGAGGCCGAGUUCUCGUACGCCCAGGUCGGGACGGAUGAAAAGGGCUGGCUGGCCUUCCAAGGCUACUAUGACGAACAGCUGGCCAAGACGAAUGGGAGUUUCCUGAAAUGA